AUGCUUCAUGAAAUACAUAGACAUGCGGCCAUUGUCAGUAUAAAUCUUUUCCGGCAAGUCCGAGAGAAAGCGAACAUAGGAAACUAUGUCAUUGAACCUGGAGUGCCUAUCACUGCUGAGCUCUCAUUGAUCAUGUCAGAUGAAAAAGAUUUCAAGAACACAGAUGAAUUUUAUCCUGAGCGCUUUCUAGAGACUGAGAAGUUGGAACAGAAAGUCAUUCCAUUUGGAAUCGGUAAACGAGCAUGCCCAGGAGAAUCAUUGGCAAGAGCAGAGCUUUACUUGGUUCUUGGAAACUUAUUGGCAAAAUAUGAAUUCCAACCCGACGGUCAAUUACCGUCUAUGGAAGGAUCAGCACCGAUGGGGCUUUUUAAGAGACCCGAAAAAUUCAAUAUUAAAUUAAUCCCACUCAUGUCACAUACAUGA